UGAGUAUGACAUGCAAACCCAGCACCAUUCAUGUUUGGAAUAUGUUCUACAUUGGCAAUAACUUUUUGUCUCCUGAUUAAACUGUGGAAACAACCACUUAAAAGCAAAGACUCAACCUACUUUCUGAUCCUGUUGUGGCUAGGACAACUGUGCAAUGCUUUUGGCAUUGGUAGAGAAGGAAUUAUUUUAAGGACAAUAGACUCAAUGGGAUGCAAUCUGUUGCAGCCUGUGUCUUUCCUGCCUGUGUACUUUGGAGUCAGGGUAUGCCACUCUCGGCUCCGGUUAUGUGAUCUGGGACAAACCACUUAACAUCAUCUCGCUAGGUUAUCAUUUCUUCAUUUAUAUAAAGAGAAUCACACCUAUAUGGAACUGUUGCAACGUUUCAGUUAAACACUGCAAAUAAAAAUACAGCAAUUGUCUGGUGUGAAGGUGGUGUGAAGGUGGUAAUCCCAGCACUUUGGAGAGAAAGGAGGAAGAUCAGGAGUUUCAACCCAGCCUGAGCUACGUAGUGGGAUUUUGUCUCAAAAAAAACCCAAACAACAACAACAAAAAACACCCCAAAAAACAAAAAACCAGUAUUGGGGAUCCUGCUUAAUGGUCAGGUGCUUGCCUCGCACAUCCAAGUACAACUGCCCGAAGUACAUUUCAGUCUUCAAUAAAUGGCAUCUAAAUGAAUUAUUGAGAAUAGACAGUAGUUUCUGGUAACCAGUAAUUUGUUUAAAUCUAUAUUUACCUAGAAUAGGAUUAGCAACUAAGAGCUGCUCAACUGGAACCACAGCUCCAAUGUUAUGUUCUGUCAAAGACAAGGACAGAAAUAAGAGAAUAGAAGGAAAAAAGGGAACUGGAAAACAUGAACGGAUGGAAGACAAAAGAAGUCGUCAGCAAAAGAAACAAGGUGAUUCUUAAAGAAGAAAAGGCCAGCGGGAGAAAGGAAAUUAGAACUAGAGAAGGUGUCAUGCACCAGGUCUGGCCAAGAAAAGGAGCCAGGCUGCAAUGCACGCCCCGAGGCGGAACUCCAGCGAAGGGGGCGUGGCCAUGUCAAUAGAGCCACGCCCCAUAGCCACGCCCCUCGAGGGAAGACCUUUGUGGAGGCGGGACUUCCUGUCCCGGCGUCCCGUUACCUCCGGAAGAGCGAAUCUUCACUUACCGCCGGCAACUGACCGAGCGAGCGAGCGAGCAGGAUCGAACCCUCGAACCCGAGAUUCAGAAGAUGGCUGAUCCUUGGCAAGAAUGCAUGGACUUUGCAGUAACCCUGGCAAGACAAGCUGGAGAGGUGAUUUGUGAAGCUCUAAAACAUGAAAUGAAUGUUAUGAUUAAAAGUUCUCCAGCUGAUUUGGUAACUGCUACGGAUCAAAAAGUUGAAAAAAUGCUUCUGUCUUCUAUAAAGGAAAAAUACCCAUCUCAUAGUUUCAUUGGUGAAGAAUCUGUGGCAGUUGGGGAAAAAAGUGUCUUAACCGACAACCCCACUUGGAUCAUUGACCCAAUUGAUGGCACAACUAACUUUGUACACAGAUUUCCUUUUGUAGCUGUUUCGAUUGGCUUUGUUGUAAAUAAAAAGAUGGAAUUUGGUGUUGUAUACAGUUGUGUGGAAGAUAAGAUGUAUACUGGCAGGAAAGGCAAAGGUGCCUUUUGUAAUGGCCAAAAACUACAGGUUUCGCAGCAAGAAGAUAUAACCAAAUCACUAUUGGUGACAGAAUUAGGUUCUUCCAGAACACCAGAGACUGUAAGAAUUGUUCUCUCUAACAUGGAAAAGCUUUUCUCCAUUCCCAUUCAUGGAAUCCGGAGUGUUGGAACAGCAGCUGUUAACAUGUGCCUGGUGGCAACUGGAGGGGCUGAUGCAUAUUAUGAAAUGGGAAUUCACUGCUGGGACAUGGCAGGAGCUGGCAUUAUUGUCACUGAAGCUGGAGGAGUCCUUAUGGAUGUAACCGGUGGACCAUUUGAUUUGAUGUCACGAAGAAUAAUUGCUGCAAAUAGCAAAGUGUUAGCUGAAAGGAUAGCCAAAGAGAUUCAGGUUGUACCUUUACAAAGAGAUGAUGAAGAUUAAUAGCAUGGCUUCAGAGUCAACUACAGUUAUGGUUCCUGUGUUCAGACUCGUUGAUAUCAGUCCUAGGUGGAUGACACAGGACUGGGAUAUAGUUCAGAGCUGGAACACUUGCCUAGCAUGCACAAGGCCCUGGGUUCCAACCCUGAGAUCACAAAAAAA